UAGAGGUUGAGAACCAACCAACAAUAUCUCAAUGCGUUUCGCAUAACACAGAUCCGUCUAGUGUGUGAUAACAACCUUCCAGGUUACAACAUUUACACAACGAAUUCGUGCACCAGUCCUUCACAGUCAAACCUGGUGUGCAGCUACUGGUGAACUAACGUCAGCUAGUUGCAGUCCAUCUCCGUCUAACCACCGUAGCCCCCAUGGCGAAGAACACCCUCUCUUCGCGGUUCAGGAAGGUAGACAUCGAUGAAUACGACGAAAAUAAAUUUGUAGACGACCACGACGAAGCUGCUGACCAGCUUGGACCGGACGCAACAGAGGUCGACAACUUGAUCAGGCAUUCAUGUACAGGAGACAUGAUGACAGCUUUUCACAUUGCACUCAGGAACCCACCAAUCAACACGAAGAACCCAGCAGUGAAGGAGAGGGCCCAGGCUGUGGUGCUGAGGGUACUGACCUCCUUCAGGAGUAGUGAUAUCGAGCCAGCGGUGCGCUCUUUAGACAGGAACGGCGUGGACUUGCUCAUGAAAUACAUCUACAGAGGUUUUGAGAAACCUUCAGAGAACAGCAGCGCCAUCCUGCUUCAGUGGCACGAAAAAGCCUUUGCUGUUGGAGGGCUGGGGUCUAUUGUUCGGGUUAUGACAGCCAGAAAAACUGUCUGAAUGAACAGGACAGAGGAAAAAGACAGAAACCUCUCUGGGUGCCAGCAUGGACAUGAGACAGUCAGACCUCUUGAGGGAGGGUAGAUUUUUUUCAAAAGCCACCUCUCUUCCUGAAGAACAAACCCAUUUGCUAUAAAGGAAAGAGCGAUAAAAGACAUGCUGAAAAAAAGGAAACGUCAUUAUUUUUGGAGGUGCAAGCUGUAUAUACAGUAAGAAAGCUGUCUCCAGGCUUUGGGAGGGUUAAUGCACAUAUACAUGCUACAAUAUCAUAAAUUAUUGUUAUCUAAAUUGGGGGAAAAACAUCUGUAUGUGUUUGUGUGGAGUGGAGGAGUGAACGGGAUAUGAAAGUUGCAGUGGAAAACUAGCAACCUACUUUAGUUUCCAAAAGCAGUCACGUACCUGCAAGACUGAAGUUAAAUAGGCAG